AUGAAGGAAUUCGUUAAAGAUCUUUCUUAUUCGCAUAUUGAACACUCACUCUUUGUACCUACAUGUCAUGAAAAACACCUUUUACUUGAUGAUAAGGAAUUAACAUACACGCCAGUUGCAUUUAUUGACUUUUAUACAAUAAGAAACAAAACAAAAAAAGCCAAUCCACGAAAGAAAGAAUUAUUGGGAAAGGACUUAAUUGUGUUAAGGCUCGAAGUGCAAUUUAUUAUCCCAAAAGCUUGCCCAUUACCAUAA